AUGGACACGCUUCGUGAGUCUUUCCAUUACGGGAGCUCACCCCUGACAGCAUCAUCGCUCUCGUCCCCUUACAAUGCCUACCUCUUCGGCAGUCACAUCUCCAAGUCUCUAUCACCCCUCCUCCAUGGAAUACUCUUUCGAUCCUUGGGUGCAUCAUGGAAUUUCCAUCUAGUCCAGACUACCGACAAACAAAGAUUUCAAGACAAGCUUACUUCUCCGGAAACCAUUGGAGUCUCUAUCACAAUGCCGAAUAAGGUCACCUUUGGCCUAGUGUUGGAUGAUUUGACUGAGGCCGCUCAAGUGAUUGGCGCGGUCAAUACCUCCUUCGUCCGGCUUGAUUCGGCCGGCAAGCGUCGUUAUAUUGGCACAAAUACCGAUUGUGUUGGAAUCCGUGAGGCUAUUGUGCAGUACGAUUCCACUGCUGUCGCCACCGCCAAGGGCAAUCCCGCGAUGGUUAUUGGAGGGGGAGGAGCCGCACGAAGUGCUAUAUAUGCGUUGUGGAAAUGGUUCUCCCCGUCAGAGAUCUACAUCGUCAAUCGACUCAAGUCAGAGGUCGACGACAUUGUGAAGCAUUUUACGGCGGCGAUGCCUGGUAUUCAGCUACAAUAUCUCGCGGACAUUGAAACCGCGCAGUCACUACCUGCCCCAUCUAUCAUCGUGAGCACGAUCCCGGAUUAUCCACCAUCAGAACCCGGGGAGAUUCUUUGCUGGCAGAUUUGUGAGAAGAUCUUUGGAAAGGUCGAGAAGGGUCUAUUUGUUGAUAUGUGUUAUAUGCCAUCCCCGGAGACGAGUCUGGUGAAAGCAGCAAACAAGGCGGGAUGGAGGACUAUCUCCGGUACGGAAGUGCUAGUACGAGUCUGUGUUGCGCAGCAAGUUCUAUGGACGGAAAGACUACCGAAUCAGCAGGGCGUGAGCGAGGCCAUUGCUGCAAUCACUCAACCGCAAAGUGCCGCAAAACUAUAG